AAACGCGCGCGUCAACAUCGUUGCAACGAUAGGCUCGAGGACGUGGUGCAAUCGUUGUUUGAGGGCAAUCCUCUACUGACGACGCCGCCGGCGUGGUCGUUGUUCGUCAAGUGCAUGCGAAGCGAAGUCGGGGACGAACCGCGCGACCCGUUUUUGUAU